GAGAGAGAGAGAGAGAGAGAGAGCUUUUUCCUUGAGAAAGAAUCGGAGCCACUUCAGCCUGCUCGUGCCGGAGCCCGAUAAUAACUACGGGACCGCUCCGGAUGGAUUUGGCGUCUCUCGCGCGGCGGAAUUUAAUUCAGAAGACAAGCGACGUGAAAGCCGGUGGCUGCCAGUCAACGGGGCGCAGAACAAGAGGGUCAGACGCCUCCCCCGUUCCCUCGCUCUCCUCCUCCUCGACGUGCGCGAAGCGGAGGCGCACCUGCGAGAGUCUCCGCUCCCGUCGCCCUUCGCUGAGAGCCACAACUGGGGCUCCGCUCGUGCCGCUGCCGCUGCCGCUGCCGCUGCGUGUAGUUUACAGGCUGGACCCGGGGAGUGGGAAGAAGACAGACAGAGGGAGUGAAAGGGAGGGAGAAAGGAGGGGUGAGUAAAAAGAAGAGAGAGAGGGAGAGAGAGCGAGCAUGUGAGACAGAGACUAGAUGGAUUCCUCUUUUCCCCUGGCGCUCCACAGGCGCUCAUUCAUUUAUUUAAGCCCGACCGACGACAGCGUGCCAAGCGCGGACUCCAGCAGCAGAGCUCGCCACGGACUUCCUAAGAGCGGAGGACACGAGUGAGACGUCCCCCUUCGCACCGGCCGGGCCACGCGCUCACCUGCGCUACACCCGCGCGCUCCUCCCCCGCCCCAGACCUCCCCCGUGGGACAUCGACGACACCCACGACGCGGAAGAAAACCGCCUCAUGGGCCCCAAACACCGCGAGGGCCCCGGGAUGGCUUGCAGCGCGUGCUACUACCUGGUUAUCAGCUCCACGCACCUGAGCAAUGGGCACUUUCGGCGCGUCAAGGGGGUCUUCAGAGGACCGCUGUGUCCCGCCGCCAACAGCGACUCACCGGAGCGCGCGGAGAGGACUCUGGGCUGCUCGGCCGAGGACCUGAAGGCGCUUUUCUACUGCGAGCUGUGCGACAAGCAGUACCUCCGACACCAGGAGUUUGACAACCACAUCAACUCCUACGACCACGCGCACAAGCAGAGGCUCAAGGAACUCAAGCACAGGGAGUUUGCUCGCAACGUGGCCUCGAAAUCAUGGAAGGACCAGCGCAAACAGGAGAAAGCUCUCAGGCGCCUGCACCAGCUCGCACAGCUGCAACAGGAAACUCAGAGGGUGCCAGGAAGGACUCCCAGGCUGCAGAGAACAGUCAGGGCCAUCAGCCAACAGCGUGAGAGGGAUGCGGACCCGAGAGACCGCGGUCCAGAGGACAAAGCCGAGACCUGCCGCCGCGUGCAGAGACCCCCCCGCCACCCGCCGGACCGUCCGCGGCCACCUCCAUCCCACGCACAGCCGGCCGCCGCUGCAGCAGAGCCCCCGCUCCUCACGCGCCCGCCCUCCACCGCGGGCCUUCCUGCGGCGAAGGCCCAGUCCUGCCCGGGCUCGCAUCCUCAGCACCAGAGCCCGGCGGGGGGCCGGCUCGGCGUGUCCUUCUGCUUCUCGCGCAGGGGCCCCCGGCUGGAGCCGUGCGCCUCCGUCUUCUCGGACCUGGAGGAGGAGGAGAGGGGACAGAGGGAACGGAUAAAGGAAAGGAUAAAGGGACUAAUGGAAGACAUCAGCAGGGAAAUCGGGUCGGCAGAGGAGAGGAAAGGCAGCGAGAGCGAAAAGGAGGGGGCGGAGGCCGAAAGGACAGAUGCGGUGAAGGAACACGGUCCCAUUCUCACAGCAGCGCCUGGUAAUCAGAGACUUGAGGCGCCGCUCUCACCGCUACGGACCCAGGUGACGGAGGCUGAGCUGGAAGCCGACGGGCGCCGGCACGUGCGCGUGCUGGGCAAAGACGGCGCCGCCAGCCUGAGGUGGCCCGUCAGUCUGCUGAGCUUCACCAAGUCUCAGCCGCACAUCUCCUACAGCUGCAACCCACUCCGCCAGAACCCGGAGCGGCUCGCAGAGGAUCUGGAUCUGCGGGAGUCAGAGCAAAAUCAGUCGCGCGCCCUCACUCCUGGAUCAAAUCCACAUGUGCCAGCUAUUAUUCCGCCAGACACUCACUCCUGUUUACAAAGACAGCCAAGGCAUGGGGCGGGAGCCUGUCGACAGAAAAAAGCUGAGGAGAAUUUCAAGGCGCAGCAACAUAUCAACGCGGAGACAGUAGCACACCUGGUUCUGGAGAACAAAAACAUUUCAUCAUCUGCAACAGAACAAGGAGGAGGAGGACGCAUGCUAAGUGCAGGGAAUUGUGUGAGGGCAGCCUCCCAUCCGUUUGACCCCGCUCGGAGUGACAGCUCCGACACAAACUCCCAGAAUCCUCAGGGAGGAAGAUUAGAGGGUGCGAGGGGGAUCGGCGAGAGCGCCAUCACAGCCCUGAGCUGUAAAUUAGAGUCUGUCACCCAGGCCGGCACGCCGGGGACGUGCGACGGCCCGUCCAGGUGCCAGCGCGGGGGCGAGGCAGCGUGCGGGUGCGCCGGCCGUCCUCGGCCGCGCACGGGGGUCCCCGGAGUGUCGCGCAAGACGAGGCGAGCCGGCGCAAACAAACACGAGCCGGGGAGGAGGAGGAGGAGGAGGAGGAGGAGGGGGGCCGGGGGGGAGAAGAGCUCAAACAAGCGUCAGUCGGCGAGGUGCAAAGUGAGGAGUGUUGUCGCCACGGUCCCCGCCGGCGGGGGGAGGAGGGGGGAGAGCGAGGAGGCGGGGAGGAGGAGGACGAGGAGGAGGAGGAGGGGGGGGGUGUGGAGAACAGGGAGCGGCUGUCUCCCGGGGAGAUGCGAGGCCGAGCCAGUAUCUGUCUCUGUCAGGGAGAGGAGGCCUCACAGGAGCCACAGCACCGAGUCCCAGUCACAGACAGACAGAGAGCAGGCAGAGCGCUGCAGUGCCCACUCCCCGCUCAGCAGACACACAGCAGACAGAGACACCGAGGGGGAGGCGACGCCAGACGGAGACGCUGGGACUUCUCCCUGGCGGUCUCACUUCUCCUUAUACUCCUUCUCGCCAGGAUGUAACUCUAAGCUGUUUUGGGAAAGGGGUCACCAUAGCAACCCCAGGAGUUUCAUUGACUGCUGUUACCCUGACAACAGCUGUGGUAGCAGCCUGGCGAGGAAGAGAAAACUCCUCCACAGGGACAGGAAAUUCAUUCAUAGUAAAAGGAAGUGUUCGCGGCAUCGCAAAGUCUGGGAGGAGAGAGGCGGGGAAAUGAGAGGGCCCUCAGACGGCAGAGACAGAUCCCCGGUUUCAGACACGGAGCAGUGGGAGUGGGCGAGCCGCAGCGGUGGGUGGGGAUGGAGGAGCAGGGCGGCGGGGUGGGAUCAAGUGGUGAGGUUCAGCCCGAGUCCGACCUGGGGCAGGAGGAGGCACCUCAGCACCGAAGACCUGGAGUGGGACAGGUGCAGCGUGGACAGAUGGACGUGGGGCAGCACCGACAGCUGGGAGGACAAGGGCAACCGGAGGUCCAGGUCCGGCUCCAGGACGGGGGCCGACAGCAGAGGCAGCCCGAGCUGCGAGUGGAGACACGUGGGCGGCAGGCGCUCGGCCUCGCGGCUCCUCUCCAGCCCCGACUGGUGGACGAGCGCCGCCGCCAGGGCCGCCCGGGCCGGCGCCGGCCGCAGCCCGCGCUCCUGCAGCCCCGCCGGCAGCACCAGCGCGUCCGAGCUCAGCUGGGAGUGGAGCCGGACCAGCACCUGCUCGGGGCUGACGGUGGACGGGCUGACGGGCCGCUCCAGCGGGACGUCGCCCCAGACUCCAAAGCGCUCGUCGGACGCCGGUCCCGCCGCGAGGAAGCAGAGCGGCCCCAGCCCCGUCUCCAGCUCCCCCCCUUCACAGCUCAAGGACCCCGGUUCACAGCCGGACCUCUCCCGCGCAGCCGCCGCCCCCUCGCCUGCGAGCAGCUCGGGCACGUCUGCGACAGGAGCGUCGCCCCGGAAGGCGGGCCGGACGCUGCUGCUGCCCCUCAUCGGGAAACGGCCCGCCAUCCAGAGGAGGGCCAGGAGGAAAACGGGGCCGGACAGGAGUCAGGAAGGGGGUCGGGAGGGGGAGGGGGAGGCCGGGGGCAGCGCAGCGGAGCGGACGCCGGGUCCCGGCGCCGGCGCGGAGGCGAAGCCGCCGCUCAGCUUCACCGCCGAGGAGAUGGACAAGUACCGGCUGCUGCAGGAGCAGGCCAGGGAGCACAUGCAGAAGGUCCUGGAGCGGACGCAGGACGGCGCGGGGGCGGAGCCCCGUGGGGGUCCGGAGGAACGAUACGCACUGUCCCCCCACCCCCCACACCCAGCCCAGGCGCUGCACAUAGACAGGAUGCAAACACAAGCACAGCACACGCUCCAGGUCAGCGUCCCCGUCCCACGCGGGAGCCCACGGGAGGCCUUCCCCCAGCCCAUGGGCCUGGGAGUCCCACCCCUCCACCACCUCCCACCGUCCUCCCCCCUCCCCGGCCUCCCCCAUCACAUCAUUUUACAGCACCCCGCCCUCCCCAUGCCCCCCUCCUCCUCGUCCUCGUCCUCGUCCUCCUCCUCCUCCCCACCCCCCUCCACCGCCCUCCACCCGCACCCACCGCCGCUCCCUCACCCCCUGCCCCCUCUCCACCCUUCCCUCCCCCAUCACCUUCACCUGUCUCCCUUUUCCAUCUCCUCCCUGCUGCCCUCCAUCCUCCUGUCCCGCCACCCCAUCCCUCUCCUCCCCCAAGCCGCCGCUUUCCACGCAACCCCGCUUGCUCCGCUCUCCCCGGUAGCGCUGCAACCCUUGAACCCGCAGCCUUUCAUGGAGAGAGCCUGGCCGGUGAGGUUUCAACAGAAGGCGAUAUGAUUUCCACACGGCAGCUGCCAUGUUUAUUAAUCUUUCUUGGCAGCGCAGACACGGCGAGAGAGAGCGAGGGAGGGAUUCGUUGUUUUGGACAAAAGCCUACUAUUUGAAACGGGGAUAUGUCGGCUUUUUGCUAGCAUCCACUCCAAGUCUCCUUCACAUAGGGCCUCGCUUAAACACAUGCAUACACACAAGCGGCCCGGCUAUUGUCCACUUUCAAAUUAAACUUUGUUGCCCCAUUUAGCCUUGUGCUGUGCUGCAGCAGACAGUGAUAAAACAGACUUUGAUCCCUCGCUGUAUCCAUCAUUCAGGCGGAGAAGAAAGGGAAAGGUGCACCUGCUAUUCAAAGACAAGCUGGGCUCGUGUCAUCCUCCCUUCUUCCCUCUGAACCACAGACACGCCAGCUGCCUUUUGAAGUAUCCUUCAUGGCAGCGACAGAGGGGCAGGAGAAAGUGAUACUCGCCCCUUAUCUACAUUUCACACAGGUUAUCUGAGUUUGAGUCUGACUUUCAGCAAACAUAAAUAACACUCUAUGGACCUGGGGGGGCUUAGCACAGCCAGUAGUAUUAUACUGUAUAGUGUGUGUGUGUGACAUAGAGCUAGACCUGGACAGGCAAACGCAUACAACAGCAGGAAAGACCACAUCUGAUUUCCAUAUCUGACGUGUAUCGGACACGCGGCCCGCUGCCUCUAUAGUGUAAAUAUUCUGAUGACAUUAGAAUCACGGUAAACAAUAGAAUAAAAGGUGAACUUGACCAGCUCUUCCUUUGACACGGUCUCUCUUUUUUGUGUGUAACCGCACCACAUCAGAAGCGUAUCUGUUACAUUAAAGCUUGGGGUAAAACACGAAGGCCGUAAUGUGAUUUAGGUUGAUCGUGAGGUUUUUACUCCUGUGAAACGCCAAAGACCGCAGGGUUGUGACCUUUUCUUCUUGAUGAUUUGUUAGCAUGAAGCAACAUCUGCUUGACGGGGAAUUCUAUAUUCAAUAUGUUGGAGAGAAAUGUUUAGAAGAAGAUUUUGUGCGGCAGAUGUGUGAUGCUCUCGGUUUCCACACUGGGGCCCAGAUCCCUGAAGCCAUUUCUAUGUGAUAGACAAAUCAGUCUUUUUAUUGCAUUAGUCACAUAUGUUGGCCUUUAAAAAAAAAAAACGCCCCAUAUUUCUUCAUCGCACGCUUUAACUGCCAAACAGAUUCAGUUCUCAUUUGUUGUCAUAAUAUCCACUUUGACCUUUGCUCCACCAUGGGAUCCAUAAAAAAUAACAUCCACUCAGUUUUAAAAUAACACACAGCAGCAGACAGCGGGCCCAUGUGCUCGAAUAUCACAAUAUGUGAGAUAAAAACUAAUGACAUCAAUGAGGUUGCUGCUUGCAUGUCUCGCCAAGGGUUAUGGUGGUUAGCGACUGUUGCUAUGCGUCCAGGCCUGGUGAUUGCUGAAGGCACGGGUGCAUUAAAGCUGCCUGCCAAACAGUUGAUCACUGCAGCGGUCGGCACUCGGGGAGCCUGAACAGAGCAGAACAGAGCGGCAUCCAGAUGGUCCAUGGACUCCGACUACCCAGAGUGCUUUGAGAGAUUGGAUUGAUUUGCCCUCCAUGAUAUCAGUGAACACAGCCCAGCGCGCAGGGAGGGCUUCAGCGAGGGGGUGACAUAAAUACAGGCACAAAAACAAGACGCAGACUUUAUACUCUGAGUCAUGAGAUGUUGGCUGGAAAUAUAAGUCAGCUCCUGCGGAGGCUCGGUAAUUAGAGCACAAUUCGUCUUUCUCCUCCUCGUGACCUCUGAGCCUCCGUGUGUGUGUGUGUGUGUAAAUGAGGGAGUUUGUGAAAAAACAGAGAAUCCCUAUCUCUCUCCACAGGACAAGAGAUCAAACAGACUGUGUGAAAUAUAGAGCAGCAAUAAUUAGCAGCUGUUACAGCAUCAAACCCCUCUAUCUCAACACACAUGCACACACGCACACACACACACACACACACACACACACACACACACACACACACACACACACACACACACACACACACACACACACACACACAGACUACUGCUCCGUUCUUAUCCCAGAGUUCAAUUUAAAGAUACUCAAAAUGAGCUGCAACCUCUCAGUCCCCCAAUAGUUAUUAUCAGGGAGAUGACAUGAAAUCAACCCACUCUGCUUUUUUCCUCCAUCCUCUCUCACUCGUAAGGUAUUUAAGGGGAAACUGUAAAAAAGAUAUUGCUACCAAAAAAAAAAAAAAAAUUGAGCAAAAAUGUAUUUUGAAAUUAGUU